AUUGACCAUGGAUUACACAAAAAUCAGUGAAAAACUAAUACCGGCCAAUUAUCUGAAGUUGGCUGUGGAAUCGCAAAAGGCAAAAGAGGUGCAAAUCAAGGAACUUUUGGAGAAGCGUAAAUUACCAGAAGAUGGUUGGAGUGAUGAACUCAUUGAGCUGGUGGUGCAACAGCUAUCUGCAUUGGAUUCUAAUAACUUUGGCCAUAAUGUGGGUUUGGGUGAGAGGGAAGCAAGGAUCGCUUGUAAUUUAGUUGCCAAAAGACAUUAUAAUCUAGGUCAUGGUAUUGGCAGAUCUGGAGAUUUGCUGGAAGCUCAACCCAAAGCAGUUGGAUCUACAAUUGUGUCACAACUCACCAAUGCCUUACUUUUGGAUUUAAUUCACAGUAUGGGCGUGCAAAGUUGUAAAGCCUGUUUCCUAGUACCAAUGGCCACUGGAAUGACAUUAUCGUUGUGUUUCUUAAGUCUACGUAAAUUAAGACCCAAAGCCAGAUAUAUUCUCUGGUCACGUAUAGAUCAAAAAUCAUGUUUUAAAAGUAUGACGGCAGCAGGAUUUAUACCCAUCAUAAUAAAUACCCAAAGGGUGGAAAACAAUGAAGGUCUGUGCACAGAUUUGGAGGAAUUUGAAAAACAAAUUAGUGGACUGAACAAUGAAGAGAUACUGUGUAUUAUGUCGACCACAAGUUGUUUUGCACCACGGAAUUGUGAUGAUAUUGUCCAGCUGGCAGAAAUUGCAAAACGUCAUGACCUACCUCACAUUGUCAAUAAUGCCUAUGGUCUGCAAAGUACCUAUCUCUGCCACCAACUGCAACAGGGCCAAAGGACGGGAAGAAUAGAUUUAUUUAUACAAAGUACAGAUAAAAAUCUAAUGGUACCAGUUGGUGGAGCCAUUGUGGCGGGUUUUCAUGAAUCCAUCGUACACAAUGUAGCAAAAACAUAUGCAGGUCGUGCCUCAUCCUCACAAUCGUUAGAUGUCUUUAUGACUUUAUUAUCGUUAGGCAAAAAUGGCUAUCUACAACUCUGUCGGAAACGUAAGCAACUCUUUAAUGAAUUAAAAGAAAAAAUAGAGUCAAUUGCAAAGAAAUACAAUUGUAAAUUAUUGGAUACAAAAGGCAAUCCAAUAUCAUUGGCAUUGUGUUUCAAUGAGUUGCCACUUAAUGAACCCACAAAAUUGGGAUCAAUGCUUUAUACACGUGGUAUUUCGGGUACCAGAGUUGUGGCAUCGGGUUCAGUUAAAUCUAUAGAUGGUUAUGAAUUUAAAAAUUGGGGUACUCAUGAAGAUUCCGCUUGCUUGCCAUACCUUACGGCGGCUGCUUCCAUUGGCAUUACACGUAAGGACAUUGAUGUAUUUAUUAAGAAAUUAAGUGAAUUAUUGGAAUCAUUAAGAAAAUGA